UUUUGUUAAUUGACUACCGCGGCCAACAGCUGCAAGUGUUUUUGCUAACAGAAAAAUUAUUCUAAAUAACGAUUUUUUUGCAAAUUAAAUUGCAAACGCAGUGACGUUUCAAUUUCCUUUUUAAAUUGUGACAUACGAAAAUCAAAUUUUAUUAAAUGGCUUUAGUGCAGGAAGCUAGAAUUUUGCUCAACCGGACGGGUGCGCUGGCGGCAAGACACCAGUUACGUUCAUUAACGUCUGGUAGUCAUCUGGAACAGCAGGCUCAACCGAAGGAAGCGAAGGCGCCACAAAUCAAAACCUUCCAAAUCUACCGUUGGAAUCCAGACACACCUGGUGACAAACCUCACAUGCAAACUUAUGAAGUGAACUUGAGAGAAUGUGGUCCUAUGGUGCUGGACGCCUUGAUUAAGAUCAAAAAUGAAGUGGAUCCCACGUUGACUUUUAGGCGUUCAUGUAGGGAAGGCAUUUGUGGCUCCUGUGCAAUGAACAUUGCUGGCACCAAUACAUUGGCGUGCAUCAGCAAAAUCGACACCAAUACGUCUAAACCCCUGAAGAUUUAUCCUCUACCACAUAUGUAUGUGGUACGUGAUUUGGUGCCUGACAUGAAUAACUUCUACGAUCAGUACCGUUCCAUACAACCUUGGCUACAACGCAAAAAUGUGGCUGUGGAGAAGAAGGGUAAGGCACAGUAUUUGCAAUCUGUUGAAGAUCGUUCUAAAUUGGAUGGUUUAUAUGAGUGCAUUUUGUGUGCUUGUUGCUCUACUUCAUGUCCCUCCUACUGGUGGAAUCCUGAUAAAUAUUUAGGUCCAGCUGUGCUUAUGCAAGCAUAUCGUUGGAUUAUUGACUCACGUGAUGAAUCUGCACAAGAACGUUUGGACAAAUUGAAGGAUCCCUUCAGCGUAUUCAGAUGUCACACCAUCAUGAAUUGUACACGUACUUGUCCAAAGGGUUUGAAUCCCGGACGUGCAAUUGCAGAAAUCAAAAAACUGAUCACAGGAUUAGCUCAAAAACCAGAGCCCAAAAUGGAAACCGCAGCUCUGCAUAAGUAAAAAGCUGCUAGUCGUUAUUAGCACGUCUAGAGUGGGAGUAGCUGCAAGACUUCUACAAGUUGGAGCUGCAAGAGUUCCAUGCAAAUGUUAAUGAUUUCUAAAUUCUGUACUUAUACGAUUAUCUUUCGAUAUUUGACGCUACUAGCAAAUGUCUACUUUUAAGAUUUAAAUGUUUAGUUCUAAAUAUUCUAUUUACCUCAAAAUCGGUGCUUACCUUAUGUGUGUAGGAUUUUCUCUUAAAUGAUUUUCAUUUGUUAGAUCUGUCGAUAUUAAAUUUAAUAAAUUUGUUGCUUAAUUAUUAUA